CAGGGCGGCGGCCGGGGGCUCCCAAAGCACGUCACGCCAGCACCAUGCUCAACGCUCAGGAGCGCGCCCAUGUCGCGCAGGUCUGGGACCUGAUCGCAGGACACGAAGCGCCCUUUGGGGCAGAGCUGCUACUCAGGCUCUUCACAGUGUACCCCAGCACCAAGCUCUACUUCAAGCACCUGGGUGCCUUUCCUGACGAGGUGCACCUGCUGUCCCACGGACAACGCUUGCUAGAGGCGGUGGGCGUGGCCGUUCAGUAUGUGGACAAUUUGCGCGCGGUCCUGAGCCCGCUAGCGGACCUGCACGCGCACGUGCUACGCGUGGACCCCGCCAACUUCCCACUGCUGAUCCAGUGCUUCCAGGUGGUGCUGGCCUCCCACUUACAGGACGAGUUCACGGUGGAGAUGCAGGCGGCGUGGGAUAAGUUCCUGACCGGCGUGGCCAUAGUGCUAACGGAGAAGUACCGCUAAGUCCCGUGCCCUACAUGUCAAUAAACAGGCCUCAAACGGUGAAACCCUGCGCAUGUGUAAUCUUUG